AUGUCAUCAUCUGGAGCUCCUGUUAGCUCCCGCCGUUUGUUGCGGCCCAAUCUACGCCAAGCGACCUUUGUCCUCCCCAAAACCGGACAGCGCCUCAAAGGUCUUGUCAACUUGCGAUCCUUCGCAGAAAGACCCUCAUCUUCCGACGGAACUAAUAACGACGAACGGCGCGGCUUAUUAUCCGGCGAAAUAGUGACGAGCCAUGGAGGAUUCACCACUAAAACAUGCGUACGAGCACGGGACCUUUGGACAUGGAUUUACAAAUUUAUUACAUCGGAGCAGGGUAUUGGGAUAUUGAAAUGCAGCCUGGCAUACCUGCUUGGCUCGAUGGCCACAUUCAUACCGGCCGUUUCUUCUUUUCUUGGCCAUCAAGAUGGCAAGCAUAUGGUAGCUACUGUGACCGUGUACUUCCAUCCGGCGAGAUCGAUAGGAAGCAUGUACCGGGCCUCUAUCUGCGCCUUGCUCGCCUUUUGCUACUCCGCCUUCCUUUGCAUCACGAGUAUGUUGGUCGAAAACCUUUUCCAAGACACGCUUGAUCUACCAGUCCUCGGCCAUGCAGUGGUUCUUAUUGUAUUUUGUGGGGGUGGGUUGGGGUUUGUCGGGUGGACUAAACAACGUCUUGGAGACCCCCUAGUGAAUGUCGCCUGUUCUCUCACCGCACUUUCCACGAUAACUAUUAUCACCAAGGAAGGUUCUGUACAGAGUGGCGAUUUGUCCCUAGGAAAGAUCUUGCAGGUACUGAAGAUGGUCAUUAUGGGCGUGAUUUUGGCCAUGGCGGUAUCAUUUCUGAUAGUCCCCAUUUCAGCUCGCAAGAAGCUUCGUGCCAACCUAGUUACAGCCACUAGCACACUGGCAACAAUGCUUGCUAUGAUCACACAGGCAUUCCUCAGCGGGUCUGAAGAAGAUUUGACGUCCGCUGAAUUCAUUGAAACGGAAGCAAAGCACCGAAAAGCCUAUUCUCAACUCGAUAACUUGGUGCGUGAAGCUAAGUUGGAGCAUUUUGUGGCAGGCACUGAAAAAGAGUAUCGACUGGAAAAGAAGCUUGUCCGUUGGGUGCAAGACAUUACCCAUAAUAUGGGAGGCUUACGCAGUGCCGCAGCACUUCAAUUUAGUCUGAUUAAGGAAACUAUUGCACGAGAAUCUGGGUCCACGAGCGAUCUUCGCAUUCCAUAUGCAGAUUACGUUGCAUCUCUUGAGCGAUCUUGGUCUUUCCCCGACGGAGCUUUCUUGGAACCGAUUGACGAACGCCCCGAAGAGGAAUUAUCACCGGGUGGGACUUUCAACGCUUCGGCUGACGAGUUAAGUUCGAAUAAUAACUCGGCACUGCUUCCUGCAGAUGUUUUUACCAUCUUUAUAACUCAUCUUGGCCCAUCUAUGCGGUCGUUGGCCUUCACAUUGAAAGAGAUACUCAACGAGAUCCCAUUUGGACCGGCUCCAAAGUAUAAGGUAUCAGUAGAUAAUCGGCUUCACACCAGUCUUGAUCGCGCUUUAGACCUUUAUCGAGAAUCUCGACAGAAGACCCUCAAGUCUCUUUACCAACAAACAGAAGCCAUGAAGCUGAAAAGCCCAGAUGCAGAAGCAGACCUGGAAGAGGUAUCAGCCAGCUGUGGUCAUUUUAGUUUCUCGCUUCUAGAAUUUGGAGAGCAACUCCACGAACUUUUAGCUAUUUUGGACGACCUGCAACUUGAGACCGAAGAAAGACCCAGUGGCCGGUCUUGGUCAUGGAUGAAGUUCUGGCAGACAAAUGGAAAGUCCAUGGAUACAGAUUUUCCAUCCAACGGAGCCGAGAGUAGUCGGCACCGACAGCUCUCACGCAGUAUGGGAUCAGAGUACAGGAUUACAGCCGCUGUACGGGCUCGUUUACGUCCGCCCAGUGAAACAACAGUGAAAGAGAGAAUAGGCUACCGUCUUUGGAAGUCACUCGGUUUCUUUCGACGAGAUGACACCAAAUAUGCGACCAAGGUCGGUGCAGGUGCUGCUCUGUAUGCUCUGCCUGCCUUUCUUCCUUCCGCUCGCCCUUUCUAUCAACACUGGAGGGGUGAAUGGGGUCUAUUGUCAUACAUGCUGGUCUGUUCAAUGACAAUUGGGGCUUCCAAUACGACAGGCUAUGCUCGUUUCUUUGGUACUUGCCUAGGGGCCUUAUGUGCAAUUCUAUUCUGGUAUACCACUGAUGGCAAUGUCUUCGGUCUCGCGUUUUUUGGAUGGCUAAUGGCUACUUGGACAGCAUGGAUCACUAUUGUUCGGGGUAAUGGACCUAUGGGUCGAUUCAUCAUGCUCACUUAUAACCUCUCUGUGCUCUACGCAUAUUCGCUUUCACAGAAAGAGGCAGAUGUUCCUCAAGAUGAAGGAGGUCAAAAUCCCGACAUUAAUGAGAUCGCCCUCCAUCGAGUUGUCGCGGUGUUAUCCGGCUGUGUCUGGGGUGUUAUUAUCACUCGUCUCAUCUGGCCCAUCAGUGCCCGAAGCCGAUUAAAGGAUGGUCUUAGCGUUCUUUGGCUGCGGUUAGGCCUUGUUUGGAAACGCGACCCGCUCUCCACUAUGGCCAAGAAUGGUCGGUCUAUUGUAUAUAUGACUGCGCGAGAGAGACUCGAGCUUGAACGGUUCUUAACCAGGCUGGAAUCUCUUCUGGGGGCUGCACGCUCGGAAUUUGAACUCCGGUGUGCAUUCGACGACGGACCUUACGCCGAUAUCAUUCGGCGUUCUCGAAACAUAGUGAAUGCAUUCCAUGCCAUGAAUUUGGAGCUCAUGAAAAGUGAUACGGCUACAUCAGGAGAAAUCACUCUGCUUCAGUACACGGCUACCGAGCGACAGCAGCUUUCUUCUCGUAUCAGUCACCUUCUAACAGUGAUGGCAUCAUCUAUGAAACUCGAGUACCCACUGAGUGAUGUCUUGCCUAGCAUUGACCACGCUCGCGACAGACUGCUGGCUCGGAUCUAUCGUUAUCGUCAAGACCAUGAAGUGUCACAACUGACUACUGACGAAGAUUGCGCAUUGCUUUAUGCCUACAAGGGAACGUCCAAGGCGGAAACCUACAUCUUCACCCUUCCACCCUUUUUCAUCAUCAAUCCAUCAUUUUUCAUCUCCCAACUCAUCUCCCAACUCAUCAAACUCUUUCCCUCGCUUUACUCCGCAUCUGAUGAAUGCGUAGUCCCUACCCAUACCUGCCGCCCUUCGGCCUCGCCUUGUCGCGCUCCUGCAAGUCCUCCAGCUAUGCAGAUCGAUCCAGCCGCCCUGAGUCGGAGUGACUCGACAUCAAAUCCGGCUAAGAGUGCGGCGCCAAACGCUCCGGCGACAGUAAAGUCGUCCAGGGCUCUCAACUCUGUACCGCGACUUGACCUACAGCAUGCCUAUACGGAUCUCAAAGCCGCUAUCGGAGACCAUUGGGCUGAGUACAAAGAAUCCACUGCUUUCUUCUUACUAGGACACUACAACCAAAAUGAAUACGCGUCGCGAGUCGAUCACCUCAUUUGCGGCGAUGCGAAAAUCGAACAUCUACAUAAUAACUUUGUCUGCGCGAUUCUCGGAAAUCUCACGCGAGACCUCCCAGAUCAUGGCGUCGCAACCUGGGUUUCGGCCAAUGAUAAGCCGUCGAUGGUGUCGAAGCCGCUCUCGGGAGAUGCUGCGGAACAGAGAUUAAAGACAGAGGUCAUGCAGCUGCCUCCGAGAGAUCGCCGGAGAAUUAAGGGAAUUCCAGAGCGAGAUCCUAACGACGCGACGCCCAAUGAGUUGGAAGAAUAUCACUUGGCGAAAGAGAUCAAACUACCAAGCCAGGUCCCAGCAAGCGCUGGUGGAUUGAACAAGACAAACUGGGAGCUCGAAAUUCGAAAACGAUAUGCCCAACCGCUUGCCGCCGAGACCGGUGAAUUCCCCGAUGCCGAAUCAAUCUACGCCCGUAUGGUCCCCAUGUGUUAUGAAGAGUCUCUCCCUGGUGGUGCUGGUCUUCCAUGCGCCGAAUUCAUGGCAAUUGCGACAGAAACAUUUGUGAAAGAGGUUCUAUCGGCGGUGUUUUCGCGUACCCGAUCUAACGGUCCAUCCGGCACGAUUAACGGAAUGAUGAUGCGCAAUUACCGACAACAAUUAGAACGUGAAGAGCUGGCUUUCACACGCGGAGAAAUUGUUAAGGAAACUGCUACUGGGCUGCUUCCGAUUGAGGCUAGGGAAGCCGCCGUUCGCAGACCCCUCGGCGUAAGAGAUCUGCGACUUACCCUUGAGCUCAGGACUGGAGUUCUUGGGCAUAUGCCGCUCAUUAUUGAUCAGAUUAUGGGUGGGUAUUAUGAAGAUGAGCUCGAGACUGAGAAACAAGAUAGGUUGGAGAAUGGCGUGACCGAAGCUAUCGAGAUCAAGACCAGUGCCGAUGAUGAAAUGGACAUUGAUGAUAUCGAUGAUACUUUGUCGGACUGGGAGGGCGGCACUGUGGCCGAUCGAGAUCAAUUGGGUUCCCUGCUCGACGAGUGCUUGUCUAUGGCUGCAUGA